UCUCCACCUGCCGACGUCGCAGGCAAUCGCGAGCGGACACGACACGAAGCGCAGCGCAACCUGUCAACAGUGUCAACUGUAGCCCACGUUUGACGCACAUGACUGGUAUACGCGGCGAUCAAAACAUGAUAGAAUAGCCCGUGUGUGUGUGGAAAGAUGUGGGGUAACUACUGGGGCGUGUAUAAUGGGCUGUGUGUGUUGCUCGUCUCCCUCGUGCGCGGCCACGAUUUUCGGCACUUCGACGACACGGUCAUAUUCAAGAUAAACUGGGCCGGGAAGAGCGACGCGGAGCUGCUGGAGCCGCACCCGAACGCGGAGCCGUACUUCAUAACCACCGCCAGCAACGAGCGGUACAGAUGCGUCAUCCCGGACGCGACGGAGGAGGAGCACGAGUACAGCGAGACGUACAAUGGGCCGAAUCCGAUUGAGCUUCUGCAGCCGAUAUUUGCUCAGAACAGCUGCUCCUAUAGG